UUGACACAAUAAUCUUCAUGUCGAGGUCAGUCAGAUUUUUUAGGUGCAGCUUUGUAAUAACCUCGCAACUUCCUGUGGAUCGAUCGAUCGUCGUCUUUGUGAGGCUCAGCCGAAGUCCGACGCGUUUGGAAGACCCACAAGAAGCUGGAUCACAGCCAUUCGACUAGAGCUUUACACCAUAGCGAGUUGGACAAAGUCUAAAGUCGAAUCAUCAUUGUGUCUGCAAAAACUGAGGCUGAGCUUUAGAAGCAUCAGCUUGUUUAUAAACCUACUGAGCUGGCUUUUUACUGGUAAUAAUAUCAGACCAAAGUAUGGGGCUGUAUAUUAUUGUCGCCGGUCUUUUGGUCUUGCUGAAUUCCGAAAGAGUUAAUGGAUUUUUCUGCACCUUUGAGACGGAUACUUGUGGCUUCGUACAGUCCGAAAAUGACGAGUUCGACUGGGUGCGCAUUUCCAGGAGGUUUUCGUUGUUACCGGUUAGCCCAAGAGCGUAUAUGUAUGCCAGGCGAGGUCUGCGAAGCUCACCCGGUGAUGUGGCACGGAUGGCGACACCAGCAAUCACCCCAACGAGCCUCUCCUCGUGUCUGAGCUUCUCCUAUCAGAUGCAAAAUAGAAUGUCCGGACAGCUCAUAGUACUUAUCAAAGUUGGUUUGAACCCGCCCGAGAUCGCCUGGUCUCUAACGGGUUACCAGGACCGACGGUGGAGGCGGGCAACGGUACCAAUCAACAUCACCACGAAUGCCACGGUGAAGGUUUAUUUUGAAGGCGUUGUCGGAGUUAUGAAUUGGGCAAGGAUUGGAAUUGAUGACGUCAAUGUGACAUCAGAUCCGUGUAAUCUAUCACCAAGCUUCGCCGCACCGAAAAAGAUCCCAGAAGAAGUGCCUGGAAGCUGCGACUUUGAUUACAACUUGUGCGGCUACUCAAACAGAGCGCCCACAAAGUUCAAGUGGAUUCUUAACCGGGAUGCUACACCCUCGGACCAGACGGGACCAACAAAUGACCACACAACAGGGCUAGGUUCUUAUAUAUACGUUGAGGCCACGGGUGGAAAGCAAGGCGAAAUGGCACGGCUCUACAGUCCCCUUCUUCAAGCAAACGCCACGUGUGUCACGCUUUACUACCAUAUGUUUGGGGCAAGUAUGGGGUCCUUUAACAUCUACGCUGAUACCAACAGCACAAGGACGUUGCUAUGGACACUCUCGGGUAACCAAGGGCAACGCUGGCAAAUGGCGCAAGUCCCUAUCAACUACACUGGAGAAACAAUACAGCUAUUGCUCGAGGGUGUCAGAGGAAGUGAUUACACGGGGGACAUCGCUGUGGAUGACAUCGUCGUAUCGACAAAUUCAUGUGAUGUGUACCCGCAGUGGGCCAAGCCGCAGACCAACUCCACCGUGUCGGUGGAAAAGCCCAAGGAGGGGUCAGUGCGAUUAGUGAAUGGCCCCACCCAGUAUGAGGGGCGGGUAGAGGUCUAUCACGCUGGACAUUGGGGGACCAUAUGUGACGACAACUGGGAUAUGAGCGAAGCUAUCGUCAUUUGUAAGAUGCUGGGAUAUCCAGGGGCAGAGUCUGCGCCGAGGUCGGCAGCUUAUGGAGCAGGGACUGGCACUAUCUGGCUUGAUGAACUUAACUGUAAUGGAAGCGAGACGAGCAUUUCACAGUGUCGCCAUGCGGGCUGGGGCAAGAACAACUGCGGUCACAGUGAGGACGCUGGGGUCGCUUGUCUAAAUGGAGGUUCGCGACCAGUCACGGGUAAUUGCUCGUUCAACUAUGCGGAUCUCUGUGGGUACAAGAACGAGCCGUCCGGACUGGACGACUUUGAUUGGACAAGACAGAGAAGAGCCACGCCCUCAUCAGGAACAGGCCCAAACGGAGGCGCGCCAAACGACAAAGAAGGGUAUUACAUGUACAUCGAGACUUCUGGUUCAAGCCUGGUGGUCAACUCCAAAGCACGCCUGAACAGCCCAAACCUCCCUGCCAACGUUACGUGUAUGCAGUUUUACUAUCACAUGAGAGGUUCAACUAUAGGGCAGUUGAAUGUUUAUGUCAAGUACUUUGGAUCCAGCGAUGAGAAUCUUGUCUGGAGCUUAAAGGGCCAACAGGGAAGUACUUGGAAGAAAGCAAGCUUCGGCCUGGAUUCAAAGAAACCCAAGGUGGUGAUCUUUGAGGGUCUCCGAGGCACAGAUUACACCGGGGAUAUUGCUAUCGAUGAGAUAACGGCAACAACCAAGGGAUGCCAACUACAGCCGAGUGGCGCUAAACCGAGCCAAAACUCUUCUCACACAGGUCUAGAGGGUAGCGUUCGAUUACGCAACGGCCCUAAUUCCAUGGAAGGCAGAAUUGAGAUUCUCCACAAUAACGUGUGGGGUACGAUAUGCGAUGACAACUGGGACGACAUGGAUGCGACCGUCGUCUGCCGCAUGCUAGGAUUUGCAGGCCCGUCCAAGGCCGCGUCUGGUGGCAAGUACGGGCCAGGAACCGGACAGAUCUGGCUAGAUGAGGUUGGAUGUAGCGGAAGAGAGUCAUCAUUGUUGCAGUGCAGACACAGGGAAUGGGGGUCCAAUAACUGUGGACAUAGCGAGGAUGCCGGGGUCGUUUGCUCCAAUGGUACGGUCGAUAACGAGUGCACACAGUAUCGUAACCUGUCCAGUGCAGACCGCUCCAUGACAUAUGUUUCCGGUUCUCUGAAGUGUGACAGCAAGUCAAGUGGCGCUAUUGUUGAUGGCUUAUGGUACCGUUUUGUUGGCGCCGCGGGAAACAUGAUGCCGAAUAGCUGUGUACCGACACACAGGUGUAACACCCAUGCUCCUGGAUGGCUGCAAGGAGAUCACCCAUCGGUUGAAGAUAACGCCGUUGCAAGGAAGGUCUGUUUCCACUGGAGCAGUAACUGCUGUAAAUGGAACGUCCUUAUCCAAGUGAAAAACUGCUCAGGAUUCUAUGUCUAUCGUUUGAAACCACCUUCAACAUGCCAGCUUCGAUUCUGCGGGAAUGGAGGUUUGACUACACUACCUACAACACCACCUCCUGGUCCCGAGAUGGUUCGUCUGGCCGGAAGUUCCAGGAAGCACCGCGGACGAGUGGAAAUUUACCAUAAUGGCGAAUGGGGCACGGUGUGCGAUGACUCGUGGGAUAUCCGCGACGCGAAUGUCGUGUGUCGACAGUUAGGCUAUCAAGGAGCCGUAAUGGCACACAGUGGGGGUACUUUUGGGCAAGGUAUCGGCAAGAUCUGGUUGGAUGACGUUCGUUGUACUGGUACAGAGAAAACCCUCGGGUCAUGUGCUCACAAAAACUGGGGCUCCCACAACUGCGGACACUCGGAAGACGCGGGAGUCACGUGCAUAACGACUGAUAUGAGCUCAUGCAGCUUCGAAGAAGACCAGUGUAGCUAUAGAAAUGGAGUUAACGGCGGGUAUAAUUGGCUGAGGAGAAAGGGCUACCUUGUCGAAGUGGCAUCUUCAGGUCCGAUGGCUGACCACACUAUUGGCAAAGAGAAUAACAUAACAUGUUUGUACGGCUGGAAAAGCUACAACGGCUUAUGCUACAUCAUCGCCGCCAAUAAUAAACAAUCCUGGUACAAGGCACAGGAGCUAUGCGAACAGGAUGGCGCCAUGCUGGCCUACAUCGAAGAUGAGGAGGAAUUCCAAUUCCUCAGGCGGAGCAGACCGCCAGGAAGCUCCACUAAUCAAUACUUCAUCGGCCUUCGCAGCGCGAACGAUUCUAAAACGUGGCUAUGGCCGGACGGAACGAAAGCUAAGUUCUUCAAAUGGGCAAAAGGCGAACCCAAUAACUACCAAGGGAAUACUGAAGACUGUGUCGCAAUGGACUUUAGAUCGUUGUCAAACGGUUCAUACAAUGAUGUACUCUGCCAAGAAAGUAGCGUUUCUGGGUAUAUUUGUAAGGGCAGUCCUAUGCCCUUAUCAGGCUACUAUAUGUAUGUGCCCAAAGGAGACCUCCAGAAGAGAAGUCGUUUUUCUGGUCCACCCGUGGCCAACAUCUCCUGCUUGGCCUUCUACUAUCACAUGAACAAGGUCGGACACAACUCACUUAAGGUCUACAUCAAGUCAACCGCCGACUCGAGCACCGAGGAGAUGGUUUGGCACCUGGAGGGAAAGCAGGGGGAGACAUGGCAAGAGGCACGCGUACCACUGGUCAGGUUCGGGCCAACGAAAUAUGUGAUCACAUUUCAAGGAACGACCGAUAGCUCUGCAGAUGGCGUCAUUGCCAUUGAUGACGUCAAUGUGACGAUGUAUGAUUCUUGCGACAUCAAACCGGCCAAGGCGAAGCCAACAACCUAUAGUGGUACCGGAAGUUGUAACUUCGAGAACGGGAUGUGCGGAUACGCAAAUGACCUCCUACCUAGUAAUGAUCAGCUGGACUGGGCCCUGACAAGACCAAACGUCUUACCGUAUACCCCAACCUCCGAUCACACCCACUGGAACGGUCAAUUUGCAUAUAUGCGAUACCAGACCGGCAGCACAUGGCGUUCAGCUCGUCUUAUUAGCCCAUAUCUAGACCCAAGUAAUGCGGCAUGCUUGGUCUUUUACUUCUACACGUCGAGAGACACGAGUCUUGAUAAGCCAGAGAUUACUAUCUAUCGACGGCCAGCAGGCAAGGGUUUACCAGACGAGGAGGUCAUUUGGACGAUACAAAGCAGCGAGAAUUACUGGCAGAAGGGCGUGGUGUCCCUGAAGAGCGACAACACUGGGAUGUUCCAGAUUGUGAUUGAAGGCCUAUUCAGUAAGGACAGAGGGACGGUUGCUAUCGAUGACAUCCUUAUAAGCUCAUCUAGUGAUUGUCCUCUGACUCCUAGUACGGCGACUCCACCUGAUGUCCCAUCCUCAGAUAGUGAUAUCCGCCUGGUCGGCUCAAAUGUGAAGGGGGUGGGGAGGGUAGAGGUGCUUCACAAUGGCCGCUGGGGGACGGUGUGCGGCGACACGUGGACCCUUGAGGACGCAAACGUGGUUUGCAAGCAGCUUGGGUUCCCUCUAGGCGCCGAGGCCGCACUAUGCUGCGGUCUGUAUUCCUCAGGGCGUGGGAGGGUGUGGCUGAGUGGGGUGAACUGCAGAGGGUACGAGUCGUCUAUACGUACCUGUUCCACCAGAGGAUGGGGUAAUAAUGGGUGUGGUCACAGUCAGGAUGCGGCGGUGGCUUGCAAGACUUCUAGCGCGGAACAAGGUUACGAAGUACGUCUCGCUGGCGCACCCGAGAACUACAAGGGUCGAGUUGAAGUCAAAGUGGCAGGCUUUUGGGGAACUAUAAACGAUGAAGGCUGGGACUUAAGAGAUGGGUCAGUACUGUGUAAACAGCUGGGAUUCGCUGGUGCACAAAACGUCUACAGUGGCAGUACGUUCGGACCAGGGAAAGGCCCUGUGUGGAUGACAAACUUGCAAUGUUCGGGAGCAGAGACGGCAGUCUCCCAGUGUAACCGAACCCAGACUACGAUCUACUCUCCGGACACAAACCCGCAUUUAAACGACGCAUCCGUGGAAUGCUUUGACCUUCGUUUGGCAGAUGGCAAGACAAAGAACGAAGGAAGAGUCGAGAUUCGAUUCCAUGGAAUAUGGGGCACAAUCUGCAUUGAGGGAUGGACGAUCAACUCUGCACACGUCAUUUGCCGUAAUCUAGGAUACAAGAGCGCCGUAUCCUUCAAGGCCAUUGGAGGAGGAACCGGUAUAAUCGCCAUGGACCAUGUGAAGUGCAUGGGGGAUGAGACUAAUGUUAUGCUGUGUCCCCAUCAUACGAUCCAUGGCAUUCCUAAGAGUUGCUCCCACAAGGACGACGUGGGUGUAGUUUGCUCCAAUGAACCAAUUGAGGUGCCAACAACCGUACCAGCAACGCCCAAACCCGCCAGCCCCACGUUCCCAUUAACGGGACCCUGUAUGACACGGCCCUGCAAGAACGGUGGGACUUGCAGCGUGUCAAGCGGGAAGGAACCAGACUUUGACUGCAAGUGCACUAGAGAGUACUAUGGCAAAACCUGCGACGUGUUCAUAGGCGAAAGUGUUACCGAUCUGUGGCUAAAGGGCGACGUUAAAAAGUGGAAUCCUAAAAAAUUCAAGUCAGAUAUCGCAGAAACGCUGAACAAGUAUUGCAAAGACUGUCUAGAGAAAAGAGCUCGUCGAGACUCGCCGCCGUCCGAAUUCAAGGCGGAUGACGUCGUCAUCGUAGAAGACCCCGCAACAUCUACUAAAAACUCUCCUCCAGGCUUCCUCCUUGUUGUAUUUGCCGUCGUCAAGACGACCAAUGACGGCAAAAUAGUUGUAGUAAAAAAAGAUAGCAUAGAAAAGAGCAUAGCUGAAGAUAACAGUGCCAUAGGCGGGUUCCCUGUGGUAGGCGUGGACACUGAGGCAUCUUCCAACAAGGCUUCACCUCAGGCUCGCACGUCCCCAAAGAGCUCGGAUAACGUGGCCCUCAAGAUUGGUAUAGCUGUUGUGCUAACGCUGCUACUGGCGGUACUGGCUACUUUAGCAAUCGUAUACAUUGUUCAAAGAAAACGCAGAUCUCCUGGAGGUCACGUGUAUCAACUUCGCAGUGUCGGACGCAAGGGUCGCAGCCAAGAUAAGGACGGGUUGAUAGAUGACGAUGACGAAAAUAAUACGUUGUAGUGUGUGAACAUUAUCACAUUUGGUUCACACGUAAGGCAAACACUUUGCCUACACAUAAACAGAAACACACAUGGUACGGACUAGUUAAACAUAAUAAUAUCUACAGGCUGUAAUUAGGCGAGCAGUGAACUAUCUAUUGUAGUGUGCGGACGCCAUCACAAUAGGUUCACACAUACAGGCAAACACUAUGCCUACACAGACACGCAAACACAUUGUACGGACAGUGUGCGAACACUAUCGUUCGCACUAUGCCUGGUCCACACAGGUACGGAAAUACUGGGACGGACUUAUAGGGGACAUCGACGACACCUACGAAGCUAGGCAGUUAAGGAAGCCGUCUAUAUAGUAAAUGACUGAGAUAAUAAUUAAAAGGGAAUUUGUUACAGAAAUAGCAGGUCACGUGAGAUUAGGGUGGGGUGGGGGGCACAAGAAACAUUAAGAAAAUAUGGGGAAAGCCACGCCCCUUCCGGUCAUUUCCUUAUAUUUGUUAAAAUUCAUAUCAAUCAAUCAAUGGCUGACGUUUUUCUAAAUAGACCUGUUAGGGAUUAGGCUCCAUUACCAAGAUGGCUACCAGCAAAAUCGUAGUAAACACGAAUUCCUGCAAGUUUGCGUGGAAAUUCUCGACUUACAAAGUUCUAGAGCGACAAAAAAGUGAAAAAAUGAUUGAAGCGGACUCCCAAAUAUGGUAUGUAAUACAUAAUAAAGCAAUGACCGUGCGAGUUAGAACGACAGUUUUUAAAACAGGAUUGACUGAUAUGAUUGGGGGCGGAGGGGGGGGCGGGGGGGGGGGGGGGGUGGGGGGGGCACGUGCCCCCAGUGCCUCAUCCCCUGCUACGGCCCUGUGUUAUUUACGUAAAUUACAGAUUACAGCGACCGCAUUUAAAGUAGUAUACAGUGUACCAAUACCAUCUCCUUAGCAUGGUAUAUCCCAGGGGCGUAUCGGAGGGGGCGGAUGGUCUGCGGGGUAGGCCGGGAGAAUAUAUAGAAGCAUCGAAAACAAUGCUGAAUUUCUAAGCUAUUAUUCGUAAUGUUUAAAAGUAUGAUAAGUAUGGAAGGAUCGAUCAUCUCCGGUACCUUAGAUUUCAUAAGUUUAGCCCACGUUUUCUAACAAUCAAAGUCAAAGACAGCUCUUUGAGGUUUAAAGAUUUCUUAGAAAGGAACUUUAGAAUAAGUUUAAUUACAGUGGAGUUGUAACAAUAACUUGUAAAAAUGAUCAAGUUCUAAGCUGAGUCUAUACAAAUCUAGUUUUCAAUAAAAAGCACCUAGCUACA